UGUGGCAGAUGCUGGACUUUCCCGCAGCUGUGAUAUGAAAUGGAUUAGAUAUAAAUGUACAGAUCUGAAUGAAGUCAACUUUACAACAUGAGAAGGAAGGAAAUGUGACUUCAUGUAAGCGACUUUAGAGUAAAUAUAUUGGGGUAUAGCAUAGCUGUCACUAUGGCAACGAGCGCUGUUCCCAGCGACAAUCUCCCCACGUAUAAGCUGGUCGUGGUGGGGGAUGGGGGAGUGGGGAAGAGUGCUCUCACCAUUCAGUUCUUUCAGAAGAUCUUUGUCCCUGAUUACGACCCCACCAUCGAGGACUCCUACCUCAAACACACUGAGAUUGAUGCCCAGUGGGUCAUAUUGGAUGUUCUGGAUACAGCAGGCCAAGAGGAGUUCAGUGCUAUGAGGGAACAGUACAUGAGGACUGGAGACGGGUUCCUCAUCGUGUUCUCUGUCACAGACAAGGCCAGCUUUGAACAUGUGGACCGCUUCCAUCAACUCAUCCUCAGGGUGAAGGACCGGGAAUCCUUUCCUAUGGUUCUUGUGGCCAACAAAGUGGAUCUGCUGCACUUACGUAAAAUACCCAGUGAUCAGGGGAAGGAGAUGGCUAGUAAACACAGUAUAGCUUACAUUGAAACAAGUGCUAAGGACCCAGCCAUGAAUGUUGACAAGGCGUUCCACGAGUUAGUUAGAGUAAUCAGGCAACAGAUUCCAGAGAGGAGCCUGAAGAAGAAGAGGAAAACCAAGUGGCGGGCCGACAGGUCCACUGUCUCCCACAGACUGCACUGUGUUGUCCUAUGAUGGCUUUUACUUGUACAGCUGCUCGCUACAGGACAAGGGGAAGAUGAUUACAUUUAGGAGUGUUUACUCUCUACACAGAGUUCCAUGAGGCAGUUUGUACCAUUUACCCUGGCACAGGAGUUAGGUUGUAGGGUCAGGUCCAACAGCACAGGAGUUAGGUUGUAGGGUCAGGUCCAACAGCACAGGAGUUGGGUUGUAGGGUCAGGUCCAACAGCACAGGAGUUAGGUUGUAGGGUCAGGUCCAACAGCACAGGAGUUAGGUUGUAGGGUCAGGUCCAACAGCACAUGAGUUAGGUUGUAGGGUCAGGUCCAACAGCACAUGAGUUGGGUUGUAGGGUCAGGUCCAACAGCACAGGAGUUGGGUUGUAGGGUCAGGUCCAACAGCACAGGAGUUAGGUUGUAGGGUCAGGUACAACAGCACAGGAGUUGGGUUGUAGGGUCAGGUCCAACAGCACAGGAGUUAGGUUGUAGGGUCAGGUCCAACAGCACAGGAGUUAGGUUGUAGGGUCAGGUCCAACAGCACAUGAGUUGCCCAGACAUGGGAUGUGACUGACUCGACCAGUGGAAUAAUUUACAGCUCUUCUGGGAAUGUGCACUAACUUACUCAACUACAUGGCGAUAAAGUGGCAUCAAUACUGCCUUUAUCUACCAAUGAAGCUCUUUGACAGAGAAACUGGACAUAUGGGCUCACAAAGAUAAUCUGUAAAUAAUUAGGACAUACUGUAGCACGGUCACACAAACAUUGUUUUACUAAGAGGUAGGCCUUUAAAACUUGGUCCAUUUUUAUUUUUUUAUUGUGAUAGUCCCUAUCAUUAGGAUGGAGGCCACUGAGUAAAGCACUGGAAGGAGGGAGGAAACGGAGAGCUUUCCCCAGCAAGGGGGAGUAUAGUAGAGAGGGGAGUGAGAGGAGGGGAGAGGAUGUGUCUGUUUGUGUUGGAAUCAGUGGGCCUGUCAGACACAGAGAGAAGAAGGGAAAGUGAGGAAAGAGACACAGAGAGAGAAAGAGAGAUUCCAAAUGGAUAGCAUCUGGCAAAGGGACUCCAGACAUUGUGUCAAAGCCUGGGAGGCAGCCAAUGUGUAGCCCCAUAAUUUAUACAUGGAGAACGUCUUUAUAAUCUCUGAACAAGACUGUUAUAUAACUGUAUUGUAGCUUAUUGAACACACCAAAUGUCUUAUUUGAAUGUACACUUAUGAACCAUGACCAUUUUGACUUAUCAGUGCUCGCUGGAUGUAGUUGUGUACCUCUCAAAACGCGGUGUGUGUGUGUGUGUGUUUGUGUGUGCGUGAGUGCCCCGGAUAUGUUGUGGCCUAGACGAUGAAAUCUAAUGUUCACAUGUGAAUAUUAGUUUUCCUUGCUACUAUUUCAGUAUUUAUUUUAUAUAAGUAAUUUAUUACUGUGUUAUCAUUAGUACAAGGCUACUCCAGAGAGGCACAAAGCACAGAGCUUAACUAAGAAAUUGAAGGAACAAAAGAUGUGUAAGCAAAGUAUGAAUGUGUGUUAAUACAUUUUGUGUUCUAUUAUAUGUGUACACAUCUUGGGUAAACUGGUUUGUCUGGAUAAAACCAUAAUUAUAAUGACA